UUUAACAAUGCUUAUAUCAAUGGCUUUCUCAAUUCUUCGCAAACUGGUAUCGCCCAUCUGCACGUCGGUAUAACUUUAUCGUCGUUAAUCUCCCAGCUAUGGAUAUCUGCUAUAGUUUGCUUGGCCCAGUUUUUCCUCUUUAUUUCUCUUCGAUCCAGGUUGAAAAAUGUCUACGAACCACGUUGCCACUAUUUUAUUCCCUUUAAAAUGACUCCGAUAGAACCUGGAUUGAAGGCCUGGUAUGAUGCUAUGUUCCAUGACUGCCAUCUAACCGACUACUUGGCCCUUGGAUUAGACGCUUACUUCUUUAUGAGGUAUUUGGGCGUACUCAUGUUGAUCUUUAUUACACUAGCUCUCUCGAUCAUCCCCGUAUUGAUUCCGUUAAAUUGGUGUUCAGGUAGUGAUAUACCAUCCUCAUACACCAGAGGUUUAGAUAAGUUGGCUUGGUCCAACAUUUCCCCGCAGAAUGUCUAUCGAUUGAAAGUGCACCUUGUAUGUGCCAUUGUCGUGAUUGUGAGUAUCCAGGCAUUAAUCUCGUUUGAGUUGAAUAAUUUUAUCAAAAUAAGACAUAGCCACCUCAGUCGUGAUUAUUAUCAACAGAGUACACGUGCGGUCACUAUUUUGCUAGACAACGUAUCAAAUUCAUUUCAAAAUGAGGAAGCGUUGCUCAAGAUAUUUGACGUCCUUCCAGGAGGUGUGAAACAAAUAUGGCUUUUAAAACCAUUUGGGAAGAUAGAGCUUGUUGUUGGAAAAAUUGAAUCCAGUAUCAAGAAGUUAGAAAACAGAGAGUUGGCCGUAAUAAAAGCAGGGAUUUCGAAAAAUAGAGUCAAGGUGAGAAGAGGACAGACACCAAAGUUGACAAUGUGGGGCCGAUAUUUUACGCGGUGGUUAACGUACGUGGUUGAGAUAAACCCGUUCCAGCAGCCAAAAUCUUCCGAAGAAAGCAUAGCUGAGCUCAACUACUUGCUUGAACAACUCGAGGAUUUAAAGUUGGAAGCCAGUGAUACGGAGAUUUUACCAUAUAAUAAGGUAUUCAUCCAGUUUAACUCACCUAUCGGGGCUUGUAUCGCCAGCCAGUGCCUCCUCACUCUGAGACCUGGUGAAAUGAACUCGAUAAUACCAGACAUAUGCCCUGAGGAUAUUAUUUGGACUAAUAUCCAGAGAAACAAGUCUGUUUGGACCUCAAACCUUAAAGCUUGCUUUUCCAAUAUCCUUUCAAUAUCAGUGAUUGUCGGGUGGGUAGUUCCCGUUUCGUUUAUCAGCAUGCUCUCGCAGAUUCCAUACCUCACCUCUUUACUUCCCUUUCUCUCAUUCCUAAAUUAUUUUCCGAAAAUCACACGUAAUGUUUUGGCAGAGCUUCUUCCUACAGUGGCCAUGGCUGUACUAUUGGAGGGAAUUUUCUCAGUAAUGCGCACAAUCUCCAAGUUCCGAGGGAAUCUUACUGGUGCUAGCGUCGAAUUGGAUGUGCAAGGGUGGCUAUUUGCCUUCCUUUUUGUGAAUUUAUUCUUGGUGGUGACGAUAUCUUCUAGCAUCACUGUUAUUCUCCAACAUCUCAUCAACAAUCCGGUUUCGAUAUCUACCCUCCUAGCAGCGAAUUUCCCCAAAGCGACAAACUUCUUCUUCUCGUACUUUGUCUUGCGAGGAAUGUCGUACUUCGGGGUCAAUCUUUUGCGCAUCAACAAGCUUUUGCCCCUCCUUUUAGUCUACCCUUUUACUGAUACUACCCCAAGACAAGCGUACACACGAAAGACCAAGCUACAACAGGUGAAAUGGGGUUCUAUCUAUCCGACAUGCUCUGUCUACGCCUGUAUCGGUAUCACAUACUGUAUAAUAUCCCCACUCAUCUCCAUCUUUGCCCUAUCUAUCUUCUUCUUCUAUUACAUUUACUUUAAGUGGUCGCUCAAAUAUGUCUAUGAUUACCGAAACCCGUCCGAGACUAAUGGUCGCCUCUAUCCAACCGCGCUACGACAGCUCUACACCGGAAUAUACUGUUUGGAACUAUGCCUUCUCGGGCUAUUUUUACUAGCCAAGGAUGAAAAUGGCAACUCAGUGUGCCAGUUCCAUGCUGGAAUAAUGAUUCUUCUGUUUGUAGGAACAGUGCUUACAAACAUCAGGAUGAAUUCAAUGUACCGUGAUUUGCUUACACAGACUCUGUUGUCUCUGCUUUCCAAAGACACAUGCAAUAGCCAUACACCUGGCUUGGAAUCUACGGGAGAGCACUCAGAAUCCAGCAAAAAAACAUUUCUCCACAAGUCCUCUCAGUUUCAAAUGCCGGUGAUAUGGCUUCCUAAAGAUCCCUAUGGCUUCAGCGAAAAGGGGAUAAAGGAGUUG